CUGUUAUGUGCAGCCAGGAGACCUCUCACUCCACACAACACUUUUUCAUAUGAUUUACUUUAUUUCACACAUUUACAUUUAUUUUUUCCUGUCAUGACGCGCUGGAUUCCCACUAAGAGAGAGAAAUAUGGAGUGGCCAUCUGUAACUAUAAAUCCAAAGGAGAGCUGGAGUUGAGUCUUCAGGUGGGGGACACAGUACACAUACUAGAAACAUUUGAAGGGUGGUUCCGAGGAUACACACUACGUCAGAAAUCACAAAAGGGCAUUUUCCCUGCCAACUAUAUUCAUCUCAAAGAAGCUAAAGUUGAGGGAAUUGGCAAACAAGAGACUGUAGUAUCUACAGAUUUGCCCUUGGUACAAGAGCUUGGCACCACACUGCGAGAAUGGACACAAAUAUGGCACAAGCUUUAUGUGAGCAACAAGACCACACUGUUUCGGAACGUUCAGCAGAUGGCCUACAGUCUGAUCGAGUACCGCUUGCAGAUCGUGUCUGGCACACUUCCAAACGAUGACCUUGUGGAGCUCAAGAAGAAAGUCACAGCCAAAAUCGAUUAUGGGAACAGGAUACUGGGUCUUGAUUUGGUGGUUCGUGAUGAAGCAGGAAACACAUUAGACCCGGAGCACACCAGCACGGUCAGCCUGUUCAGAGCACAUGAGUCAGCUUCCCGCAGUGUUGACGAGAGGAUACAGGAGGAGAAGAUGCGUCUUCAAAACCUGGAGAAACGGCAUCAGACCCUCUUCAGCGGUGUGCACACAUACAGCCUUCUAAUGAAUCUGAAAAACUUUGUAUGCAACAUAGGGGAGGAUGCAGAGCUCUUCAUGUCAUUAUACGAUCCUGACAAAUCUGAAUUUAUUAGCGAAAACUUCCUGGUGCGGUGGGACAGCACAGGAAUGCCGAAAGAGAUUGAAAAACUCAACAACUUACCUGCACUUUUCACGGACCUGAGUAGCAUUGACCUCAUCAGACAACGGCUGUUCCUGGUAUGUCAGAUUAUCCGUGUGGGUUGCAUGGAGCUGAAGGAGGGGAAGAAACACACCGGAGGACUAAGGAGGCCAUUUGGUGUAGCAGUCAUGGAUAUCUCCGAUAUUGCCCACGGGAAAAUUGAUGAUGACGAUAAACAGUAUUUCAUCCCUUUUCAACAGAUUGCCAUGGAAACGUACAUCCGUCAGAGGCAGCUAAUCAUGUCUCCUCUAAUCCCAUCUCGUGUCAUUGGCGAGAAUGAGCCACUCUUUGCUGUCUUCAACAAGGUCAUUGCCACACGAGAGGUCAACCACAAAGGACAGGGUCUCUUUGUGACCCUAAAGUUGCUCCCGGGUGAUGUCUUCCAGGUUAAAAAAAAUUAUCCUCAUGUUGUGGAUCGCACAACAGCUAUAGUCAGGAAAAUGGGCUUUCCUGAAAUUAUCCUUCCAGGUUACGUGAGGAACGACAUAUAUGUGACGCUGCUACAAGGAGAGUUUGAUCGUGGCAAGAAGACGACGCCAAAAAACGUAGAAGUUAUAAUGAGUGUGUUGGAUGAAGAAGGAAAUCCCAUGGAGAAAGCCAUUUUUCCUGGAGCUGGCUAUGAAGGGAUUACUGAAUACAAGUCUGUGAUCUACUAUCAAGUCAAGCAGCCUUGCUGGAAUGAGACGGUUAAGGUGGCCAUUCCCAUUGAGGAUGUAUGUCGGUGUCACAUAAGGCUGACCUUUAGGCACAGGUCAUCUCAGGAUUCCAGAGAUAAGUCGGAGAAGCCGUUUGGCAUGGCAUUUGUCCUUCUGAUGAAGCCGGAUGGCACCACUCUUCCAGAUGGAAAACAUGAUCUAAUUGUCUACAAGGUGGACGUGAAGAAAGCUGACGAUGCCAAGACCUACUUGAGCCUGCCUGGCUUGCAUGCUGAGGUGGAAGAAAAAGAGAGACAGACAGGAAAAACCUUUCAUCAUCCUGGUGUCAUUCCAAUCACCAAGGACAGCUUCCAGAUAGCCACACUCACCUGCUCAACAAAGCUUACGCAAAACGUUGACCUUCUGGGCCUUCUCAACUGGAGAUCGAAUACUGGGAGACUUGGAGAAAUUCUUCAGAAACUGAUGGAUGUGGAUGGAGGGGAGAUUAUUAAAUUCCUGCAGGACACACUGGAUGCUCUGUUUAAUAUAAUGAUGGAAACCUCGGAGGAGGAAACCUAUGACACUCUAGUUUUCAAUGCCCUGGUCUUCAUCAUCUCACUGAUUGGGGAUAUAAAGUUUCAGCACUUCAAUCCUGUUUUAGAGACCUACAUAAGCAAACACUUCAGCGCUACUCUGGCAUACCAGAAGUUGACCAAAGUGUUGAAUUAUUUUGUGGGCCACGCUGAGGACUCUGCUCAUACAGAUCGCCUCUAUGCUGCUUUGAAAGCCUUCAAGUACCUUUUUCGUUUCAUUGUACAGUCUCGGGUUCUCCAUCUGAGGUUUUAUGGGAAAAGUGAAGAUGGAGAGCAGUUUCUUGACUCCAUUCGCACCCUGUUUCUCUCAAUCAGCAAUCUGAUGGAUAGACCUCUUGAUGAAGGUGUUAAGAUAAAGGGUGCAAUCUUGAAAUAUCUUCCCACCAUCAUCGAUGACUUACAGAUGGUUUUUGAAGCUGUAGAGCUUAGUGUUCAGCUGGCAAAGUUUAUCGAGAGUAUCCCAGAUUUUCAGAUGGUCAGACAGAAGCUUGGCUGUCUGAUGAAAAUUGUCGAAAGCAACCUUUUCAAACAGCCAGACUGCCGAGAUGUUUUGUUGCCCCUGAUCACAGACCAGCUGAGCGGGCAGCUGGACGAUCACUCCAAUAAACCUGAUCUUGAGGCCUGUGUUCAGCUGCUAAGCACUGUACUGGACAUGCUGGACCGCAAAAAUGUGGGUCCUACGUCAGGUCAUGUGAAGUUAAUUGUGGACCGUCUCUUGCGGAGGGUCAACCGCACUGUCAUCAACCUGAGUUUAGACUCUCCAUUUAUAAGCCACUACUUAGCGUGCAUGACUGCUAUCCUGAAACAAAUGGAAGACGCACAUUAUGCGCAGUACAUCAGCACCUUCAAAACCAGACAGGACAUUAUUGACUUUCUAAUGGAGACUUUCAUCAUGUUCAAGAACCUAAUGGGGAACGUGUUUCCUCCCGACUGGAUGAUCAUGAAUCUUCUCCAAAUGAAGGUCUUUCUGCGGGCAAUAUACCAGUACUCUGAUGUUCUCAAUAAGUACUUUCUAGACUACGCUCACUUUCACUUACAGCUUUGGAACAACUACUUUCACUUGAUUGUUGCUUUCCUUACCCACAAGUCAUUGCAGCUGGAGUCAUUCUCUCUUGAGAAACGAAACAAUAUUCUGAACAAGUACGGGGACAUGCGGAAAACCAUCGGCUUUAAGCUGGGAGAAAUGUGGUACAAUCUUGCUAAGCAUAAGAUGAAAUUUAUCCCUGCGAUGGUGGGACCGAUCCUGGAGGCGACGUUAGUCCCUGAGCCCGACCUGAGAAAAGCCACCAUCCCUAUUUUCUUUGACAUGAUGCAGUGUGAACACAAUUUUAGUGCCAACCAUACCUUUCAGAUGUUUGAGAAUGAGCUAAUCACAAAACUGGACCAGGAGGUCGAAGGAGGCCGCGGUGAUGAACAAUACAAGAUUCUUCUGGAGAAAACGCUGUUGGAGCACUGUCGGAGGCACAGGUACCUGUCUCAUUCCGGUGAGGCGUUUGCUCUGCUCUUGAGCAGUCUGCUGGAGAACUUGCUGGCCUACCGAACCAUCAACCAGGAUGAAAGCCCUGAACUUCGCAUGAGUUGCACUGUCAAUGUCCUGAACUUUUACAAAGAAAAGAAAAGGGAGGAUAUUUAUAUCCGGUAUUUGUACAAGCUGCGUGACCUACAUCUGGACUGUGAGAACUACACAGAAGCUGCCUACACCCUGCUGUUGCAUGCAGAACUGUUGGAGUGGUCAGACAAGCCAUGUGCGCCCCACCUGAUCCCACGGGACGGAGCUCAGGGUUGGACUCAACAGGAGCUGAAGGAAAGACUUUUUCAUGACAUCAUGUGCUAUUUGGACAAGGGCAAAAUGUGGGAGAAGGCCAUUGAGAUGGCCAAACAGCUUGUUAAACUUCACGAGAACCAAAUGUUUGAUUUCUUAGAGCUCAGUCAGCUACUGAAACAGCAGGCACAGUAUUAUGAGAACAUCAUGCAUGCUAUGAGACCUCAGCCUGAAUAUUUCGCAGUGGGAUAUUAUGGUCAGGGUUUCCCUUCCUUUCUCAGGAACAAAAUGUUCAUUUUCCGUGGUAAAGAGUACGAGUGGCUGGAGGACUUUAGCCUAAAGCUGAUGUCACAGUUUCCCAAUGCAGUGAAGAUGACCAGCACAUCGCCCCCUGGUGACAACAUCUGUGUCGCACCCGGACAGCAUAUUCAGUGUUUCACAGUGAAGCCAGUGCUCAACUUACCUCUGCAGUUCAAGGACAAGGGGCUUCCUGAACAAAUCCUCAAUUACUACCGGACAAAUGAGGUCGACAAGUUCCAGUAUUCAAGACCUUUCAGGAAAGGAGAAAAAGAUCCUGACAAUGAGUUUGCUACCAUGUGGAUCGAAAGGACCACCUACAUCACGGCGUACCGAUUCCCAGGAAUCCUCAAAUGGUUUGAAGUGAAAUCUAUGUCUGUGGAAGAAAUCAGCCCUUUGGACAAUGCCAUAGAAACCAUGGAGCUGGCCAAUGAGAAGCUGAGUAAUCUGGUACAGCAGCAGGCAUGUGACCGUUCUCUCUCGGUACAUCCCCUCUCCAUGAUGCUCAACGGGAUUGUUGACCCGGCUGUCAUGGGCGGCUUUUCCAACUAUGAGAAGGCAUUUUUCACAGAGUCCUACAUGGAGAUGAACCCAGACCACCUGGAGCGCAUUGAAGUCUUAAAACACCUUAUCGCACUGCAGAUCCCACUGCUUGACGAAGGGAUACGGAUCCAUGGGGAAAAAUCAACAGAGCAGCUCAAACCCCUGCACAACAGACUUGUGACCUGCUUCCAGGAUCUGCGUGUUAAAGUGGAGAAGCUCUAUGGCGUCAUUACUCUACCCUGCUCUCUGACAGAAAAGAAGAAGAGUCGUGUGGGGUCAGUGGUGAUGCCAUACAUCAUGUCUUCCACGCUCAGACGGAUGUCCACCAUUUCUUACGCCUCCUCUGGACACUCCAGCGGCUCGGGCUCCUCCAACGGAAACUCCUCUAGGCCGGCCUCCCAGGAUUCGCUGCUCUCCCGCAUGAGUGAUAGCAGAAUGUCGAUUCUGUCCCACUCCGAGGAAGAUAAUCGGAUCAGUAAGAAGAACAGGAAGGAGUGGAGUGUGAGCAGGUCGCAGGUCUUACUGGAGCGACCUGCUGACAAAGACGAGAUUCCUCCAGAGAAGCAGCCGAGGCCUAAGAGUCUGACUCUAGGGGACCGGAGACCCACACUGUCUUUGUUUCAUGGCGAAUCAUCCACUCUGAGUUUACACAACCCACUCAGCCCUCUGCCCGCCUCACCACACACACCUCGCAGCUCCAGUUACACAUGUCUUCCAAACGAGAGUGACUACAUCACGCCUGACAAUAAAAGCACUCCUCCUCCCAGGCCCCCCAAGAAACACCCCCAUGAUAGCGAGAACAUAUACAACUCUACCUCCGAGUUCACACCUCCAUUACCAAUGAAAAUUGAAAACACGCCUCCUCCUCCCCCACCCAAAACACGCAAGUCCAUGAUUCCCACCUAUGAGAGCAAUCCACAAUAAAGAUACUCCGGUUCUCCUCCGGUCCAGAAGCAGAUUCCAGUGGUUCCAAUGUCUCAAAUCUUGGGGGGUUUGGUGUACUGAGAAACGGUUCUUGUUCCUCCUUUUAAAAAGUUCAGAGCUGAGAGUUUAUUGUUCUCAUCGUGUAUAUCUGGGUUUAAUGAUUAAAUAUGAUAAUUAAUUUGUGUAGCAAAACUGCUUUUUCACAAUGAUUUGACAAUUUCUAUUCAUAAAUGGAAAUAAACCUCAAGUGGGUAUUCUAACUGCUGCACAGAAAUGUGACCAAAGGUUGGUUUGUUGAAUGUUAACAUUGGCCUCCCUUCCAUCAGACAGCAUUGGUUUAUCCAGAUCUGUUUAAAGUUAUUUUGACUACCGAAGCAAUGAUUUUAAUGCUUCCAUGCACAUAUUCACUUUGCACAUCACUCAUUGUACUUUCAAACAUUCAAAACUUUUAUAGUUGCACCCACAACAUCCAUCACCUUUUAGAAAAGCCAGAAAAGGCUUUUGGUGUGAAGAUUAUUUACUACUUUUAUAUUUGUAACUUUAGAGAGCCAAAUGCAAAAGCCCUAAAAUGUAUGACCAACCAGUCAUUGUUUGGUUCUAGAGACUUGAAAUCAAGUUUUUAUAAGAUGUUUUAAAAUUUCAAGAAUUUGUUUGCAAAAAGCAGAUCAAAUAUCUGGGAAUUAUGCUACCCGUCUUGUCAACGCUCAAGCACCUUAAAUAUUACCUUGGCUUUGAGUUCUGCUUUCUGGAAAGGUACAUUUCAGUGUACUACACAUGCUUUAAAAAAGUUCAGAGGAUCUUAGUUCCAGUUAGUCUUGCAUGAAGUUGGCUUUUUCAAUGAUCUCAAGUCUAAAUAUCAUAUUUAGUAGUGCAUGCACUGUAUGGAAAUCAAAUGCUGUAUUUUUGUUUGUUUUUUCUUGUGUGAUUCAACAUUUGUCUUUAUUUUUGUGCUAGAGCAAUAACUACACAUUCAGAUAUCUUAAAUAACUCUUUGUAUUGUUUUUUAAUGGAACACUCCAGUUAUGAAUUUGUUGGUGUCUACAUAAAAAAACAUACAUAAAAAACAGUAUCAUAACAAGGUCUUAUCUCCACAUGUUAAUAACUGCUGUACAUUGGGUUUGUCAGCAUUAGUGUUAUUAUAAUUAUAGUAAUGUCAAUUUGCUAAAAGAUUCCUUAGUUUUGUUUGGUAAGAGUGUUGCAAAUAUGGUAAUAUUUAAUAGACAUGCACCUGGCACAUUAUAUUUCUGUAUGAAAAGUCUUAUACAUAGUUAUGUUAAAUCAUGAAAUGAUCAGAACAAAUUAUACAGGUGAAACUCGAAAAAUUAGAAUA